AAAAGGCUGACGCUUCAGACCUCCAAAGGAUGAUCGCAAUUGAACAACAAAAAACGCAGUUUCAGGCCCAGGUAGGUAGCUUAGCUACAUACAACAGCAGCUAUACUACGAAGUUAGCUAGCUACAUGAACUGUAUUCUGAACUGUAUCCUGCAUUUGUUUUUUUUAUUAUACCAUCAAACGUCUUCUCAGAAUGGAUAAACCGAAUUGCAAGUUGAUUACGAAAUCAUAUAUUUCUGUUUGAGACCUCCACACUGAAGUUGACUUAGCUGAUUCAUUGCUUCUUUUGAAGGUGCAUAACUUCACAGAUGUCUGCUGGGACAAGUGCAUGGAGGGGAGCCCGAGUUCAAAGAGACAUGCCUCGUGAGCUGUGUUGACCGCUUUAUUGACACUACCUUGUCUAUAACCAACCGGUUCACGCAGAUGGUGCAGAAGAGUUCCCAU